GCAGAGCACUGGGCAGGACAAUGCAGGCCCACUCCUCCUGGGCUCCUUCGUGUGCCCACUAGCACCCGCAGCCUCUGUUGGUCUCCAGCCCCAAGAUGUGCUGUAGGGCGCUCUGGGCAGCCCUGCUGGUGCUCUUCCUGCUGGCCUGCUCCAUGCAAGGGAAACCACUGGAGAGCCCGGGCAGGGCGUGGGUAGGGAGAGAUGCUCAUCGCUUGCUAGGGGAACCUCCGGGAGACCGGGAGGAGGGCACUUUUGACCUGAGGAUGUUCCUGGAGAACAUGAAGGUGGAUUUUCUGCGCAGCCUCAACCUGAGUGGAGUCCCAGCCCAGGAUAAAACCCAAGCAGAGCCCCCGCAGUACAUGCUCGACCUCUACAACAGAUAUACCACUGACAAGUCAUCCACCCCUGCCUCCAACAUCGUGCGGAGCUUCAGUCUGGAAGAUGUCAUCUCUAUGUCUACCACGGAAGAUUCCCCCUCUCAGAAACACAUCUUACUCUUCAACGUCUCCAUUCCCAGGCAUGAGCAGAUCACCAGGGCAGAGCUCCGACUCUACAUCUCCUGUCAAAGUCAGGUGGACUCCUCUCCUGAACUGAAGGGAAACAUGGCCAUUUAUGAUGUCCUGGAUGGAGCAGAUGCCUGGGAUGCUUCCGAGGAAACCAAGAUCUUCCUGGUGUCCCAGGACAUUCGGGAUGAGGGCUGGAAGACCUUUGAAGUCUCCAGUGCCGUGAGGCGGUGGGUCAGGGCAGAUACCACCAAGAGCAAAAAUACACUGGAAGUGACUGUGGAGAAUCACAGAAAAGGCUGUGACAAGUUGGAUAUCAGUGUCCCCCCAGGCUCCAAAAACUUGCCUUUUUUUGUCAUCUUUUCCAAUGAUCGCAGCAAUGGGACCAAGGAGACCAGGCUGGAGCUCAGGGAGAUGAUUGGCCAUGAGCAAGAAAGUGUGGUCAAGGGCCUGUCCAAGAACAACCUGGUGGAGGUAGACGGCCAUAUGACCUCAGAGUCAUCCUUAGUCAGAAGGAAGAGGAGUGCAGGGCCCAGCAGCCACUGUCAAAAAACCUCCCUGCGGGUGAAUUUUGAGGACAUCGGCUGGGACAGCUGGAUCAUUGCUCCCAAGGAAUACGAUGCCUACGAGUGUAAAGGUGGUUGCUUCUUUCCCCUAGCUGACGAUGUGACCCCAACGAAGCACGCCAUUGUGCAGACCCUGGUGCAUCUCAAGUUCCCCAUGAAGGUGGGCAAGGCCUGUUGUGUGCCCACCAAACUGAGCCCCAUUUCCAUUCUCUACAAGGAUGAUAUGGGGGUUCCCACCCUCAAGUACCACUAUGAAGGGAUGAGCGUGGCAGAGUGUGGGUGCAGGUAGGGCCAGACCAUGGGGAAGGGGAGGCCAGGUUGGGGGGUGUCUUAAGGAAAAUCCUGAGUCACUUGCACAUGACAGGGUCAUCUGCUUUCCAGCCUGGAAAAGGGGAGGGACUUCCUAUGUCCAUUCUCCCUCCCACAGUUCACCCCAAGCAUACAAGGGAAGGAGGGAUUUGGGGAAGAAAGGAAGCCUGAUGGGGUGUUAGAAUGAAAGGAAAGAUAAUGAGAAUGGGACAAGAGAAAAAUAACCCAAAGACAACGAAGAACAGAAUUGGCAUGACCAGAGAAGUGUAGACAGAUGUGCAGGUUUAUAGGAGUUCAUUCAAGAGCCUAUUCCAAUAACUUCAGGGAACUCAGAAGAAAGAAUCGGUCAAUGUUCUCACCCCCAUUGUUUCAUGUGUUCCCACAACCCAGUGAUCUGGGAAUGAUGAACCCCCAGUCUAUACAGACAGAACCCCAAACCCAGACAGGUCACGCAAUACACAUUCAUGGCACAAGUUCAGUCCAUGGGUCUCCAUAGGUAUGUCAAUCUCCAAGACCCUGAAUGUUCCCAAGUUCCCAUCUCAGGUUCACAAGAUCACCUCAUAGCUUAAAGGAAGCUUACCUGCAGGGAAGGUGGUGGAGGGAAAGGAAACAGGCUGACUGAUCUGGGCUAGUGCCCAUAGUAUAACUAGGCAUGCCGUCAUACCCUAGUGUGUCCUAACUGCUCAAGGUCUCUGGGUCUCUGUUAAUAAGUGGAAAAAAUUAUCUUGGCCAAGGGGCAAAGGGUAUAGCUAAUAACUCUUUGGGGAUCAUACAAUACUAGGGAUUGAAACAGGGGGUCCAGCAUUGCAAAGCAUAUGUUCCAGUCUUCUGUGCUAUACUCCCCAGUUCUAAAAAAACGCUUUCAAAGAUUAUCUUGGGUGUCUGAAAAACUACUCCCCAAAUCAACUAUCUGUUAGAAAGGAAGUAGGAUUGCAGUGCCUGGACGCCAGUAUGUGUUGUGACUGAAGCUCCGGGGACCUCCUGGACAGUAUUUAGGUGACCCCUUCUGCCCAUGGACUCAAAGAUCCUGAUAGUUGUGUGGGGGUGGCAGUGACAGACAGCCUCCUGCUUAGUCAGGUAUUCAGAAAUAACCAGCCCAUGGUGUCACAUACUUCCCCCCUUCCCCUGCAUCUCCCUGACAGAGACUCCAAGGGAUGUAGGAAUGGAAUUUGAAUUUGUUGGAAUAAACAUUCUCCUGCAUUGGUAUUUGUAACAUCCCUCUUAUUUUACCCUGGGUGGCAAUAACAGCUUUCAGGGUGAGGCCUCUCAGCCCGCUGAAGAACUCAGGUUCUGUGGCGAUAGCCAUUUCUGCCUGCUCUUGUUAGGUCUUGUAUGUAUUCCCUGGCUCCUGGCCCAGGCUUGGGUCACAGACUCCACCUCCAAUAACCUCAAGAGACUUUGGGUUUCAUACUUUCCUUUGACUUGUGAGGUCACACAUGGAAUGAAGUAGGAGUCUGAAUGUGGAGCGGAUUCCUUCCAUGCCCCUUCUGAGCACUGGCCAGACCAGUGGUUUGUCUUUCUAGGAGACACAGAGAGCCCUGGACCAUUCUCACUGGUUGCAGCUCCCAGUAACAUUAGAAACAAAAUGGUUUGUGUUGAAUGUUUACAUAGAACCAAUGAACAGCUUUAACACACAAAUAUAAUAGAACAUCAUUGUUGGAGUUGUAGAAAAUAUGAAUUUCUGGGACAACAAUGUUGCUCAAUCAUAAAGAUGGGUUAUGGACAUUUUUCAGUCCUAGUGGUGUAUUUAGUUCUGU